CUCCGCAGCCUCCUGGCCGGCGCGCAGAUGGCUCUGGGCGGCGCGAUGCUGCGGACGACGCUCCGCCUGUGCACUCUGUCGCGACGCGUCCGCUCGGCCUCCGCCGCUUCCAGCGCCUCCAUGUCGACGCUGCUGAUCAGCCAAGGCCGCUACUCGUGGCUCCAGGAGCUGGGGCUUCGCGAGGAGAACGAGGGCGUCUACAAUGGCUCCUGGGGAGGCCGAGGAGAGGUCGUGACGACAUACUGCCCUGCAAACAAUCAGCCAAUUGCCAGAGUUCGUCAGGCCAGUAUCGAAGACUAUGAAGAAACACUAAAGAAAGCUAAAGAAGCCUGGAAAGUAUGGGCAGAGGUUCCUGCACCCAAACGAGGAGAAAUUGUGAGACAGAUUGGUGAUGCCCUGAGAAAGAAAAUCAAUGUUUUGGGAAAUCUGGUUUCUUUGGAGAUGGGGAAGAUCUCUGCUGAGAGUGUUGGCGAAGUCCAAGAAUAUGUGGAUGUCUGCGACUAUGCAGUUGGCUUAUCCCGGAUGAUUGGUGGACCUGUAUUGCCUUCGGAAAGGCCUGGGCAUGCCUUAAUAGAACAAUGGAAUCCUUUGGGAUUAGUAGGAAUCAUCACAGCUUUCAACUUUCCUGUAGCAGUUUAUGGCUGGAACAACGCAAUUGCAAUGGUCUGUGGCAACGUCUGCCUCUGGAAAGGUGCUCCCACAACGUCGCUCGUUAGUGUCGCUGUUACAAAAAUAGUUGCCCAGGUUCUGGAGGACAACAAAUUGCCUGGUGCUAUCUGCUCUCUGGUCUGUGGUGGGGCAGAUAUUGGGUAGGUGCAACAUUUGGUAUUUUUGUGCACAAUUUGGGAAGAUA